AUGAAGCCGUUAGGGAGAAUGACUGAUGAUCCAGUUCAGUUAGUUGCCGAUCUCAUGUUGCAGAAUACAAACCAAUGGGAUGUGGAGAAGGUGCAGCGGAUUUUCUUUCCGUUGGAUGCGGCUGCUAUUCUGAACAUGCCAAGGCCGAGAACAGAGCAAGAUGAUUUUUGGGCUUGGGCAUGGGACAGAACGGGCAUAUUUACGGUGAGAUCUGCGUACAGGGAACUCAUUCAGCGCUGUGGCCUGUCUGAACCUGCUACGGGAUCGUCCACGGGUGACGAGGCUACCUGGAAAGCACUGUGGAGACUCCGGAUAAUGCCUAAGAUAAGAGUGUUCUGGUGGCGGGUGGUGAAAAAUUUGCUACCCUGUGCUGCUGAACUCCGCAGAAGCCAUAUGAAAGAAAUAAGUAAUUGUCCUCUCUGUGGCAAUGACAAUGAAACAAAGUUUCAUGCAUUAGUCGAGUGUGAGCAUGCAAAAUUGUUUUGGAGUGCGGCUCAGGAUCUUUUUGAUCUCAAGAUGCCACGGUUAAACCCAGCUACAUGGUCGCGGGACGUGUUGGAUGCAGAUAUCAUGAGCAAACGGGAGGCGGCAAUUGCAGUCUCUGUAAUGUGGACCAUCUGGGGGAGCCGAAACAGCUACAACCAUGGCGAUGUCAAGUACCAGCCGUUGAGUUCUGUUGAAUUGGUUGAUGAGCUCAUUAAUCUCUGGAGAUUCCAGCUCAGGAGGACCCAUCGGCUGUGGUUCAGAAGUGGGCUCGACCUGCUUUGGGAUGGAUGA